AUGGUAUUUACACAAAAAAAUGUUAAUUUAUCAAAAGGACCUGAUCCAAGAAGUUCUAUUCAACAAGAAAGAGCUGCACAAAAAGUAAAUGUUCAAGAAUUACAAUAUUUCUUAGAAGGUUCAAAAGAAAGAGCUGAAUUAGUUAAAUCAUUACAACAACAAAUGGAAAGAGAUCCAGUUUUAUGGACUGAUGGUUCAUAUUAUGAUAUGUCAAAAGAUCAAUUAAGAGCUUUAACUGCUUUAAAAAUAAAUAGAGUUUCAAGAUAUUUAGAAACUGAUUCUAUUGAUACUUUCAAUAGAAGAUUAUCUUUAAUUGGUGUUUUUGAUCCAGCUGUUUCAACAAGAAUUGGUGUUAAUUUAGGUUUAUUCAUUUCAUGUAUUAGAGGUAAUGGUACUUAUGAACAAUUAAAAUAUUGGGCUUUAGAUAAAGAAACUGCUCAUAUUAAAGGUAUUUAUGGUUGUUUUGGUAUGACUGAAUUAGCUCAUGGUUCAAAUGUUAUGGGUAUUGAAACUACUGCUACUUUUGACAAAGAAAGUGAUGAAUUUGUUAUUAAUACUCCUCACAUUGGUGCAACUAAAUGGUGGAUUGGUGGUGCUGCUCAUUCAGCUACUCAUUGUACCGUUUAUGCCAGAUUAAUUGUCGAUGGUGAAGAUUAUGGUGUUAAAACUUUCGUUGUUCCAUUAAGAGAUUCAAAUCAUGAUAUAAUGCCAGGUGUUACUGUUGGUGAUAUUGGUGCUAAAAUGGGUAGAGAUGGUAUUGAUAACGGUUGGAUUCAAUUUUCAUCAGUUAGAAUUCCAAGAUUCUUUAUGUUACAAAAGUUCUGUAAAGUUGCCAGAGAUGGUGAUGUUAUUUUACCACCAUUAGAACAAUUAUCAUAUUCAGCUUUAUUAGGUGGUAGAGUUAUGAUGGUUUUAGAUUCAUACAGAAUGAUUGCAAGAGUUGCCACUAUUGCUUUAAGAUAUGCUAUUGGUAGAAGACAAUUUAAAGGUGACAAUGUUGAUCCAGAUGAUGAAGAUGCAUUAGAAACUCAAUUAUUAGAUUAUCCAUUACAUCAAAAGAGAUUAUUACCAUACUUAGCUGCUGCUUAUGUUAUUUCUGCAGGUGCAUUAAAAGUUGAAUCAACUAUUGGUGAUACUUUAUUAGAAUUAGAUGAUGCAGUUGAUGAAAAUGAUGAAGCUGGUAUUAUGAAAGCUAUUGAUUCAAUGAAAUCAUUAUUUAUUGAUUCUGGUUCAUUAAAAUCAACUUGUACUUGGUUAGCCGCUGAAGCAAUUGAUCAAUGUAGACAAGCAUGUGGUGGUCAUGGUUACUCAGGUUAUAAUGGUUUUGGAAGAGCUUAUAAUGAUUGGGUUGUCCAAUGUACUUGGGAAGGUGAUAACAAUGUUUUAGGUAUUAACAUUGGUAAACCAUUAGUUAAACAUAUAAUAGCUAUUGAAGAAGAUGGAAAAGUUGUUAAAGGUUCAUCAGAUUUCUUAAAUCAAUUAAAAGAAUAUACUGGUUCAGGAGCUGAUAAAGUUAUUUUAAAUAAUGCUUCAGAUAUUGGUGAUAUUAAAAAAUUCAUUAAAGCUAUUGAAGUUACUAUUAUAAGAUUAGGUUAUGAAGCUUCUAAAACAGUAAGAAAAGAAUCAUUUGAUUAUGCUGGUGCAGAAUUAGUUAUUAUUUCAAAAUUAAAAGCUCAUCAUUACUUAUUAACUGAAUAUACUAGAAGAGUUGAUGAAACAGAAUAUACUGAUAUUAAACCAUACUUAUACCAAUUAGGUCAAUUAUAUGCAGCUGCAGUUGUUUUAGAUAAAUACUCAGGAUUUUUCUUAGCUUUCAAUGUUGCUUCAACCAAUGCUAUUGCUGAAUUAGCCAAAGACCAAAUUCCAAAAUUAUGUAGAGAAAUCAGACCAAAUGUUGUUGGUUUAACUGAUGGUUUCCAACAAUCAGACAUGAUGAUCAAUGCUCCAAUUGGUAAUUACGAUGGUGAUAUUUAUGAAAACUACUUUGAUUUAGUUAAAAACUUAAACCCACCAAAGAAUACUAAAGCUCCAUAUUCAGCUGCAUUAGAAGCUAUGUUGAAUAGACCAUCAUUAAAUGAUAGAGAAAGAAACGAAAAAACUUUAGAAGCUGGUGAAAUUUUAUCAAGAUAA